AUGGCUGAGAAGAAAAGAAAAACGGCUCUCGAAGCCGAGAUAACUAACAUGGCUGACGAAGCCACAUAUGGUGAAAUUUAUAAUGCAGGACCUGGGGAGUACUUUAAACCAAAACCCCAUGACGAACAGGUGCCUAUGGAAUUAACAUACCAGAGGUUAGAUGCCAUCUACGACGAAGAGCCUCUAGGAUUUGAAAAAGAUCCAGUGAUAUCGAGUGCGAAGAUGUUAGCGCAAGAUCCCCUUGAAGAAAUCGAUCUUGGAGUUGGGAGCACAAAAAGAAUCACCUACAUCAGCAUUAAACUGGACCCCAAGUUGAAAGUAAGAGUAAUUGAACUGCUAAGAGAAAACAAAGACUGCUUUGCUUGGGACUAUGACGAGAUGCCUGGUUUGAAGAGGGAACUGGUCGAAUUGAAGUUUCCUAUCAAGGAUGGCAAGAAGCCCAUCAAGCAGACUCCAAGGAGAUUCGCACCAGAGAUCCUCUCAAAGAUAAAAAAAGAGGUCGAAAGACUUCUUCGAUGCAAUUUCAUCAGGACCACAAGGUAUGUCAAAUGGAUUGCAAACAUAGUUCCUGUAAUUAAGAAAAAUGGCUCUUUAAGAGUAUGUAUAGAUUUUCGUGAUCCAAAUGCAGCAACUCUUAAAGAUGAGUAUCCAAUGUCUGUGGCAGAGAUGUUGGUUGACUCAGCUGCAGGCUAUGAAUAUCUUAGCAUGCUUGAUGGAUAUUCUGGCUAUAACCAGAUUUUCAUUGCUGAAGAGGAUGUUUCCAAAACAGCCUUUCGAUGUCCAGGGGCAAUAGGCACUUAUGAGUGGAUAGUUAUGCCCUUUGGUUUAAAAAAUGCUGGGGCAACGUACCAGCAAGCAAUGAACUCUAUAUUCCAUGAUUAUAUAGAGACAUUUAUGCAGGCUGGAGAUUUUCUGGGCUUUGUGGUCCACGAAAAGGGGAUAGAAAUCAGUCAAAAUAAGACGAAGGCUAUUAUGGAGACCAAAGCACCAUCAAUUAAGAAAGAAUUGCAAUCGUUAUUAGGAAAGAUAAACUUCCUGAGAAGAUUCAUCUCAAAAUUAAGUGGUCGAACUCAAGCCUUCUCUCCCCUCCUACGCCUGAAACAAGGGAAGUACGAAUGGAAUGAUGAACAUCAAAAGGCAUUCGAAAAGAUCAAGCAUUAUCUGACGAAUCCUCUUAUCUUGUCACCACCAUGUGGAAAGAAGCCUAUGAGAUUGUAUAUAUCAGCUUCCGACACUACUAUAGGUAGCAUGUAUAUGUUAUCGAAGCCAAUAAUGCACAGUCAAAUUGGCAAAUGGACAUUAGCCCUCACUAAAUACUCGUUAGCCUUUAUGCCUUUAAGGGUAAUGAAGGGACAAAUAAUAUCAGACUUCAUUGUAGACCAUGCAGUGGUCGAAAGUCCUCAACUUCAAGUUGAGUUAAAACCUUGGAGAUUAUUCUUCGACGGUUCCACUCAUAAGGAUGGAAGUGGAGUUGGGAUCAUGAUAAUUUCUCUUGAAGGAAUUCCAACAAAACUCAAAUAUAGAAUCGAAGGUCCCCUUUGUUCUAACAAUAAAGCAAAAUAUGAAGCCCUUAUUGCAGGACUUGAGGCUUUGUUGGAAUUGGGGUCAACUAGGGUCGAAAUUAAAGAAGACUCGAAAUUAGUAAUUAAGCGACUAACGAAAGAGUACAAAUGUAUAAAAGAAAAUUUGAUUAUGUACUUCGUCAUUGCAAAUAGGUUGCUCAAAAAAUUUGAAUAUAUAGACAUAAAACAUGUUCCUAGAAUAAAAACCCAAGAAGCUAAUGAUUUAGCACAAAUAGCUUCAGGGUAUAGAAUUUCAAAAGAGAAGCUAGAGGAACUUGUCGAAGUAAGAGGAAAAGCAAUGGCUGCCAGAUUGUCUCUGACAGAUUUGGAAAGCACUCAGUUAGGAUAUACUAACAAAGAAGAGUUUGAAGUACUGGCCAUUGAUACCUUAAUGGAUUCAGAUUGGAGGAAUCCAAUUUUUUAUUAUCUCAAGGACCCUUCGAUAGAUACAGAAAGAAAAACCAAGUACAGGGCUUUAUCUUAUGUUUUGAUUGGGAAUGAAUUAUUCAAGAAAACCCUUGAAGGGAUCCUGUUGAAAUGUUUAGGAGAAAACGAGGCGUGCUUAGCAUUAUCUAGUGUACAUAGUGGAGCCUGUGGAGCACACCAGGCAGGCCAUAAGAUGAAAUUGUUGCUUUUCAGAUAUGGAAUGUAUUGGCCCACCAUGCUAAAAGAUUGUGAGCUUCAUGCAAUUAUCAAGCCUUGGCCUUUCAGAGGUUGGGCAUUAGAUCUAAUUGGGGAAAUUCGACCUACUUCAUCCAAAGGUCAAAAGUACAUACUUGUAGGAAUUGACUAUUUCACUAAAUGGGUCGAAGCAGUGCCUUUAGUAAAUGUGGAUCAAGAAACUGCCAUUGAAUUCAUUCAAAGGCAAAUAUUAUAUAGAUUUGGGAUCCCAGAAAGUAUAAGAAUAGAUCAAGGAUCAGUUUUUACUAGUCAAAAGAUGCAAGAAUUUGCAAAGGAAAUGGGUUUCAAAUUAUUAACAUCCACCCCCUAUUAUGCUCAAGCCAAUGGGCAAGUCGAAGCAGGCAAUAAAGUAAUAAUUGGUUUAAUCAAAAAACAUGUAGGGAAGAAGCCAAAAAAUUGGCACAAAACUCUAGAUCAAGCACUUUGGGCUUGUCGAACCUCCCCUAAAGAAGCUACUAACACUACACAUUUCCAACUUACAUUUGGACAUGAUGCAGUAUUACCUAUCGAAAUCUACUUGCAAUCAGUGAGAAUCCAAAGACAAGGAGAAAUUCCAUCUGACCUAUAUUGGGAAAUGAUGAUGAAUGAACUGGUUGAUUUGGACGAAGAAAGGUUGCAUGCAUUAGAAGUAUUAAGAAGACAGAAGGAUAGGAUAGUAAGAGCAUACAAUAAGAGGGUCAAAGGUAAAACUUUCAUUAUGAAUGAUUUAGUUUGGAAAGUUAUAUUACCUAUGGAUCGAAAGAAUAAAACAUUAGGAAAAUGGUCUCCACAUUGGGAAGGACCUUUUCAAAUUUUAAAAGCAUUUUCAAAUAAUGCAUACGAAAUAUAA